AUGCCACUCACCUUCCUCUCCCUCUUACCAUUCCCUCCACCUCCACUUUUUCUCUCUACCCACCACUCUCUUUCUCCAAAAUUCCACCACCCAUUUCUCUCUUAUCUCCGCCGAACCCAUUUCACUUCUCUCACCACCACCCCAUUUGCCAUCGGCCCAGAUGGCAAGUUCUAUCCAAACCCAUCGGACGACGACCCACCUGAGGCCCCCGAAGACUCAAUGCACGGCGUCAAUAAGUUCCAGCAAAUCCACCGCCAAGCUGCCAAAGCCCGAAAACACCAAGAAGAACAGUUCAAGAAAGACCAGUCCAUAUUCGUUAACGCCCUUGCCGACGUCGAAGACCCAACCGAGAAUCCCAGUUCCGUUGACAAUGACAAUUCUGGGGACGAUUUGUUCGGGGAGAUCGACAAAGCCAUAGCUUUAAAAAGAAAAGAAUUUGUCAAACAAGGCCUUCUAAAGCCCAAUCCUAAGAAAGAGCAAGAAAUUCUUGAAGGAAUUGAUGAAUUGGAGCCUCAAGAGGUGGUUGAUUUGGAGGAAAUUAAGGAUCUUCAAGGAUUGACUGUGAUAUCUGAAGAGGAUGAGGAUUCGGGGGAUGUGGAAAGUUCUGAUAUUGAGGUGAGUGACGAAAUGUUUAAUGGUCAAUUAUCAAAUUUGUCGUCGUUUGAUAUUGAUUUUGAUGGUUUGGAUAUAAAUAAAACUAGAAUAGUCGAACCCAAAUUUAGAAUGUCAUUAGAUGAGCUUUUGGAUGAGAGUAAGAUAGUGCCCAUAUCAGUAUAUGGUAACUUAGAGGUGGAGAUUAGUGGAAUUCAGCAUGAUUCGAGAGUGGUUGAGUCUGGGGAUUUGUUUGUGUGUUGUGUUGGUAGGAAAACUGAUGGGCAUUUGUAUUUAAGUGAGGCUGAUAAGAGAGGGGCUGUGGCAGUAGUGGCUAGUAAAGAGAUUGAUAUAGAAGAGACAUUAGGGUGUAAGGCUUUAGUUAUUGUCGAGGACACAAAUGCAGUGCUAGCGGCAUUGGCUGCUUCCUUUUAUAGGUACCCUAGUACAAAUUUGUCUGUUAUUGGGAUUACUGGGACUAAUGGGAAGACCACGGUUGCAUAUUUGAUAAAGGGGAUGUAUGAGGCAAUGGGAUUGAGAACUGGGAUGUUGAGUACUGUUGCAUAUUAUGUUCAUGGGGAUAAUAAGUUGGAGUCGCCUAAUACGACAGCUGAUGCUGUUUUGGUUCAGAAGUUGAUGGCAAAGAUGGUGCACAAUGGGACAGAAGCUUUGGUGAUGGAGGCUUCUUCUCAUGGACUAGCUUUAGGGAGAUGUGAUGAGGUUGAUUUUGAUAUUGCGGUCUUCACGAAUUUGACAAAGGAUCAUACGGAUUUUCAUGGGACUGAAGAGGAGUAUAGGGAUGCCAAGGCCAGGUUGUUUGCGAGGAUGGUGGACCCACAACGACAUAGGAAAAUUGUGAACAUCGAUGACCCAAGUGCAGCUUUCUUUAUUUCCCAAGGGAACCCGGAUGUACCUAUUGUGACUUAUGCAAUGGAGAAUAAGAAUGCUGAUGUUCAUCCAUUGAAAUUUGAGCUCUCUCUGUUUGAAACCCAGGUUUUGGUGAAUACGCCAAAAGGUAUUUUGGAGAUUUCGUCAGGGUUGCUUGGGAGGCAUAAUAUUUACAACAUUCUCACAGCUGUUGCAGUUGGGAUUGCAGUUGGGGCACCUUUGGAGGAUAUCGUUAGGGGGAUUGAAGAGGUUGAUGCAGUGCCUGGUAGGUGUGAGUUGAUAGAUGAGGAACAGGCAUUCGCUGUGAUCGUAGACCAUGCUCAUACUCCCGAUGCCUUGUCAAUACUGCUUGAUAAUGUAAGGGAGCUCAACCCAAGGAGGAUUAUCACCGUUUUUGGUUGUGUUGGAGAGGGUGAUAGAGGAAAGAGACCCAUGAUGACGAAGAUCGCGACAGACAAAAGCGAUGUAACGAUUCUGACAUCCGAUAAUCCAAAAAAUGAAGAUCCACUGGACAUCUUGGAUGACAUGUUGGCUGGCGUUGGAUGGACUAUGCAGGAUUACUUAAAACAUGGAGAGAAUGAUUACUACCCACCUCUUCCCAAUGGCCACAGACUCUUCCUGCAUGAUAUUAGACGGGUAGCCGUACGUUGUGCUGUUGCCAUGGGUGAGGAAGGUGAUAUUGUUGUGGUUGCCGGCAAAGGCCACGAAACAUACCAGAUGGAAGGUGACAAAAAAGAGUUCUUUGAUGACAGGGAAGAGUGUCGAGAAGCAUUACAAUAUGUUGAUGAGCUUCACCAAGCUGGGAUUGACACGAGUGAAUUCCCAUGGCG